AUGGCUACAAAUUUAUACAUAUCAGCUUUAGAAGGGUCCUUGCUAGAUGAUCCAAUAGAUAGAUUAUUAUUAUCAGAGCAAAAAGCUAUGCGAACUGAGACAGAUCCUAUGACUCUAGUAUAUCGAGACUGUCUUUUUGGUAAUGAAGUAUUUCAUGCUAAGAAUGUAGAAAAGAAGGCUCUUUGCCCUAUAGAUACUAAGAAUUGGAUAUUAUUUGAUAAAAUAACUAGUUUGCCAUAUUGGCAUUGGCGUAUACAAGCAUAUAAAAAUUUUGUAUCAAAUGGAAUAUCUCCAGA